AUACCUUAGUCAGGUUUACCAGCAGGAUAGACGAAUGCUGUUAAAAGUUAGAAGAACACACAGGAAAACGCUGAAGGGCUGCAUAAAUACCAGUCAACUCGAUCUGGAAGUCUGAAAUCAACAUGUCUUCCUCACUGGCUACAGGCAGUGGCUCCUUUGUGUCCACCACUGUAGCAGCACCCAGUGCUGCUCUCAGUUUGGAUGCUGCUGACAUCGCUGUGGUUGUCAUCUACUUCAUCAUUGUUAUGGUGGUUGGAAUCUGGGCAUCGGUGAGAGCCAAUCGCAAUACAGUGGGGGGAUACUUUUUGGCUGGUCGUUCAAUGACCUGGUGGCCUAUUGGAGCCUCUUUAAUGUCCAGUAACGUUGGCAGUGGGUUGUUUAUUGGUCUGGCAGGAACAGGAGCAGCUGGAGGCAUCGCUGUCGGAGGAUUUGAAUGGAAUGCAGCAUGGGUGUUGGUGGCUUUGGGCUGGAUCUUUAUCCCGGUCUACAUCUCCGCUGGUGUGGUCACCAUGCCAGAGUACCUGGCUAAACGCUUUGGAGGCCGGAGAAUACGCACAUACAUGUCCGUUCUAUCACUCAUUCUCUACAUCUUCACCAAAAUAUCAACAGACAUCUUUUCAGGGGCCUUAUUCAUCCAGGUAUCAUUGGGCUGGGAUCUUUACCUGUCCACAGCGAUACUGCUGGUGGUUACUGCUGUUUACACUGUGGCAGGUGGACUGGCAGCAGUGAUCUACACUGAUGCACUCCAGACUCUGAUCAUGGUUGGCGGAGCUUUUGCACUGAUGUUCAUUGCAUUCGCCAAGGUUGGCUGGUAUGAAGGUCUUGUGGAUCUCUACAUGUCAAGUGUUCCCUCUGUGACUGUUGCCAAUACCACGUGCCACUUACCUCGUGGUGAUGCCUUCCACAUGUUCAGAAACCCUGUAUCUGGGGAUUUGCCUUGGCCAGGUCUGGUGUUUGGACUCACUAUAUUGGCUACAUGGGUCUGGUGCACAGAUCAGGUUAUAGUCCAGAGGUCUCUGUCCGCCAAAUCUUUGUCUCAUGCCAAAGCAGGCAGUGUGUUGGGAGGCUAUCUCAAACUCCUGCCCACAUUCUUCAUAGUGAUGCCAGGCAUGAUAAGCCGAGCACUUUUCCCAGAUGAAAUUGGUUGUGUGGAUCCAGCAGUGUGUCAGCGUGUAUGCGGAGCUCCAGUUGGUUGCUCCAACAUUGCUUACCCAAAACUGGUGAUUGAGUUAAUGCCUGUGG